AUGUUUAGAGCUGGGUCCGUGGCACGUGCCUCUAGACAGCUUCAGCUUCGCUUGAGAUGCCCUCGUCUCCCUUCGUCUGCAGCUGCGUUAUCGCACUUAUCGAGAUCAAGGACUCUUGCAACCGCUAAUACCCUGAGUGCCAAUUACCAGAAGGUGCACAAUCCAGCUAAGGAAGGUGCUUCGUACGGUGAGCUUGACACUUUUGCCAGACGCCACUUUGGUCCUACACCAGAGAAUGUGUCUCACAUGCUCAAGUCUUUGGGCUACAAGGAUAUGGAUGAGUUCCUUACUGCGUCUAUCCCACCACAUGUUCUUGUCAAGAGACCAUUGAAGGUGCUGCCUCAGGAUGGAUUCACUGAGCAGCAGAUGCUCCAGCACUUGCACGAGUUGGCUGGCCAGAACAGAAUCGCAAAGUCUUUUAUUGGUAAGGGCUACCACGGCACCAUUGUGCCUCCUGUGAUUCAGCGUAACUUGUUGGAGCUGCCUGAGUGGUACACUUCUUAUACUCCAUACCAGCCUGAAAUCUCUCAGGGCCGUUUGGAGUCGUUGCUUAACUACCAGACCAUGGUUUCGUCCUUGACUGGCUUGGACAUUGCCAAUGCUUCCUUGUUGGACGAGGGUACUGCUGCCGCUGAGGCCAUGGCCAUGUCGUUUGUGCAUCUGCGUUCUAAGAAGAGAAAGUAUGUUGUCGACACUAAGUUGCACCCACAGUCUUUGGACGUGAUUGAGUCUCGUGCUGGUAACCUUGGCGUGGAGAUCAUCACUCUCCCAUUGACUACCGAUGAGGGUAUUGCUGAGCUUGAGAAGAUCUCUGGCGACGUCUGUGGUGCUUUGGUUCAGUACCCAGCCACUGACGGUUCUCUUCACAACUUCACCAAGAUCGGUGAAAUCGUCCACAAGAACAAGGGUCUCUUCUCUAUGGCCACUGACUUGCUCGCCUUGACUGUGUUGAAGCCUCCAGCUGCUUUUGGCGCCGACAUUGCCUUGGGUAACUCCCAGAGAUUCGGUGUUCCAUUCGGUUACGGUGGUCCUCACGCUGCUUUCUUCGCUACCACCGAUAAGUUCUCCAGAAAGGUUCCAGGUAGAAUUGUUGGUGUUUCUAAGGACAGAUUGAACAAGCCAGCCUUGAGAUUGGCUUUGCAGACUCGUGAGCAGCACAUCAAGAGAGAGAAGGCUACUUCCAACAUUUGUACUGCCCAGGCCCUUUUGGCUAACAUGGCUGCCAUGUACGCUGUUUACCACGGUCCACAGGGUCUUAAGAACAUUGCUUCUCGUGUUUACGGCUACACCACUGUUCUUGCUGAAGCUAUCCAGAACUCUCCACACAAGCUUCUCAACGACUCUUGGUUUGACACCUUGUCUGUUGAGUUGAGCGGUACUAACGCUGACGCUGUGUUGAAGGAAGCUUUGGACAAGUACAACAUCAACUUGUUCAAGAACAGCGACUCUUCUGUCUCUGUUUCUUUAGAUGAGACCGUUACCAAGACUGAUUUGGAAGGCUUGGUUUCUGUCUUCACCGGUAAGCCAGCUCAAUUGCCAGAGGAGUUGCCUCAGAUCCCAAGCGAGCUCUUGAGAACUGACGAGAUCUUGCCAAACGAGGUCUUCAACCAGCACCACUCUGAAACCGCCAUGUUGCGUUACUUGCACUUGUUGCAGUCCAAGGACUUGUCCUUGGCCAACUCCAUGAUCCCAUUGGGUUCUUGUACUAUGAAGUUGAACGCUACUGUUGAGAUGCAAACUUUGUCCAUGCCAGGUUUCGCUUUGAUCCACCCAUUCGCCCCAACUAACCAAGCUGAGGGUUACAAGAAGUUGAUCUCUGAGUUUGAGCACGACUUGAACGAUAUCACUGGUUUCGCUGCUACCACCUUGAUGCCUAACUCUGGUGCUCAGGGUGAAUACACUGGUCUUUCCUUGAUUCGUCAGUACCACAAGGCUAACGGUGAGUACGAGAAGCGUAACAUCUGUUUGAUUCCAGUUUCUGCUCACGGUACCAACCCUGCCAGUGCUGCCAUGUGUGGUCUUAAGGUUGUGCCAAUUAAGUGUUUGGACAACGGUUCCAUCGACAUCAAUGACUUGAAGGAGAAGGCUGAGAAGCACAAGGAAAACCUUUGCUCCAUCAUGGUCACCUACCCAUCCACCUACGGUUUGUUCGAGCCAGGUGUGAGAGAUGCCAUUGACACUGUCCACUCCCACGGUGGUUUGGUGUACUUGGACGGUGCCAACAUGAACGCUCAGGUUGGUCUUACUUCUCCAGGUGACUUGGGCGCUGACGUUUGUCACUUGAACAUCCACAAGACCUUUGCUUUGUCCCACGGUGGUGGUGGUCCAGGUCAGGGUCCAGUCUGUGUUGCCGAGAGACUUGUGCCAUACUUGCCAAAGCACCACUUCAUUGAAACUCCACAUGCCACUGCCGAAUCCAUCCAGGCUGUCAACUCUGCCCCAUUCGGUUCUGCUGCUGUCAUUCCUGUCUCAUACUCCUACAUCAAGAUGCUUGGAUCCAAGGGCUUGCCAUACGCUUCUGCUCUUGCCAUGCUUAACGCCAACUACAUGCUUCACAGGUUGAAGGAUUCUUUCCAGGUGUUGUUCGUGGACCCAUCUGCUACUAAGGAGCAGGGCACCAAGCACUGUGCUCACGAGUUCAUCAUUGACUUGCGUGAGUUCAAGAGCAUUGGUAUUGAGGCCAUUGACGUUGCUAAGCGUUUGCAGGACUACGGAUUCCACGCUCCAACCAUGUCUUUCCCAGUCGCCGGUACCUUGAUGAUUGAGCCUACCGAGUCUGAGAACUUGGAGGAGCUCGACAGAUUUGUCGAGUCCAUGUUGUCCAUCAGAAGGGAAAUUGACGCUUACGGUAAGGGCGAUUCUUUGGGCCAGGUGUUGAAGAACGCUCCUCACUCCCUUGCUGACGUUGUCUCUACUCCACAGGAGGAGUGGGAGGCUCGUGGAUACACCAGAGAGCAGGCUGCCUACCCAUUGCCAUUCUUGAAGACCCAGAAGUGCUGGCCUACCGUGGCCCGUUUGGACGAUGCUUUUGGUGACAUGAACUUGCUCUGCACAUGUCCAUCUGUGGAGGAGGUUGCCAACAACUAG